AUGCAUCAUAUAAAAGUUGUGGUUGUAGGAGAUGGUGCAAUUGGAAAGACUUCCUUGUUGAUUUCCUAUGCAUCAGGAGGAUUUCCAAGAGACUAUCAACCUACAGUAUUCGAUAAUUUUAGUUCACAUCAUGUCUACCAAGGUAGAAAUUUUAAUUUAGGUUUAUGGGAUACAGCUGGUCAAGAAGAUUUCGAUAGAUUAAGACCAUUAGGAUAUAAUAAUACAGAUGUUUUCUUGAUUUGCUAUUCGGUGGUGAAUCCACCUUCCUAUGCAAACGUAUAUGAUAAAUGGCUGGGUGAAAUCACUCACUAUACAUGUCAGAAUAUCCCGAUCGUGUUGGUCGGUACACAGACCGAUCUAAGGACUGAUCCAGAGGUGCUGGCAUCGCUCCAGCUAAAACAACAGACACCAAUGACCUACGACGAAGGUCUAAUGAUGAAAAAGAAAAUAGGUGCUCGAGCCUUCACAGAAUGUAGUGUCCAAUCGAAUAAAGGUGUGCGAGCCGUCUUCGAAGAGGCAAUACGUGUUUAUAUAGAUUCAGAAUUUAAAAGACAAAAAAGAAAAGAAAAAAAAGAAAAUUGUACAUUGCUCUAA